AUGUCUCGAUUCUCCCUCCAAGGUCGAACUGCCCUCGUCACCGGCGGUGCCCGGGGCUGCGGCCUUGCCUUUGCGCGCGGUCUCGCCGAAGCAGGCGCCAACGUAGCCAUCUUCGAUCGGAUACCUCCUGAGGAGGGAUUUCUAUCUAUCGAAAAGGAGUAUGAUCGCUGCAGAGUGGACGUAUCCUCCCCCGAGUCCCUCGCCACCGGCUUUGGCGCCUUUCAAACAGACUUCAACAAUAAACUAGACAUCUGCGUCCCCUGCGCAGGUAUCAACCGACACCAGACAUUCCUUGAAUUCAACUACGCCGACCAUCAAGAGCUGCUGGGUGUGAAUGUGCUAGGCCUAUUCCAUACGGCCCAGCUGGCGGCACGGCAGAUGAUUGCCAAUGGCACAAAACACGGGAGUAUCGUGCUGGUGGCGAGUAUGGCGAGCCACGUGGCGGUACGGAGCCAGCUGUGCAGUGCGUAUUGUGGGAGUAAGGGGGCGGUGAGGGCGAUGUGUCCUGCUAUUGCGAAGGAAUUGGCUGAAUAUGGUAUUCGCGUGAAUUCGAUCUCGCCGGGGUAUGUGAGGACGGAGAUGACUGCUGCUUUCCCCCAUUUGAUCGAAGAAUGGAAAUCAGCAGCAAUGAACGGCCGCAUCGCCGAGCCGGAGGACAUCAUGGGGGCAUGUGUGUUUCUGGCGAGCGAUGCCAGUUCGUACAUGACGGGGCAGGAUGUGAUUGUGGAUGGGGGGGUGACUAAGUGUGGGGUUAUCAGCUCAGUCGGCGAUCGCUCCGAACCCCAUCACCGACUAGCUACCAACUAUAACAAUACUCAUCCAGAAGCAAAAAACAACCUCAUCCGCUACGGCACACCCGUGACUCUCCUCGACGACCGCCCGACAGCAACAUCAACCGGCAAAGCCGACGGUCUGCAGCCGAAGACCAUCGAGACGCUGAAACAGCUGAGGCUAUCGGAUGAGUUGCUCCGCAAUGGAGCCAAGGUGUAUGAUAUUUGUUUCUGGGAAUCCACCACUCACUCCCCAACCCUCACCCGCACAUCCCGCCAAACGCACUACCCCGAUCACCUCGUCGGCGCAUCAGACCCCUACAUUCUCCUCGCGCACCAGGGCAUGCUCGAAAACGUGCUUAUCAAAGACAUAGAAGAGCGCGGGGGAUAUGUCCAGCGAAACAGCCCAUUCGUGUCUGUGUCGAAAACACAGGACGGGAGUGGAGAGCUAGAAGUGAUCUACGACGACAAUACAACAAACACGAAGAAGUUUAUCCGUACAAAAUAUCUUGUUGGAUGUGAUGGCGCGAGAUCUAAAGUGCGGGACUUUAUUCCCGGCGCGCAGUUGGAGGGGGAAAUGAGUAAUGCUUCUUGGGGGGUGUUAGAUGGAGUCAUCGACACCGACUUCCCCGACCUAUGGAGUAAGGUGGCUGUUCGCUCGCACACGGCGGGAUCUAUUCUCUGGAUUCCUAGGGAGCGUGGUAUGACGAGACUGUAUGUUGAACUUAGUUCCACGGACGGGGAGAGGGUCGAUAGGGCCAAGGCGACGCCAGAGUAUGUCAUGGCUCGGGCGCGAGAGGCGAUGCAACCUUUCCGGUUGGAAUGGAAGGAAAUUGAAUGGUUCGGCAACUACGUCGUCGGCCAACGCGUCGCUCGGCGAUUCAGCGAUCCCGAAAACCAAAUCUUUAUUGCAGGAGAUGCCGGCCACGUACACUCCGCCCUCGCAGCCCAAGGCGCCAACACCAGCAUGCACGACAGCGUGAACCUAGCGUGGAAACUGAACCUCGUAGCCCGAAACCUCGCCCCAGCCUCCCUACUAAACACCUACUCCGAGGAACGACGAAAGAUCGCCAACGACCUAAUUGCCUUCGAUGCAGGGCACGUCGCGGCCUUCGAGAAAGGCGAGGCGGCACUUGCUCGAAACUUCGAGGAGAAUAUCCGGUUUAUUUCCGGCGUCGGGGCUGAAUAUGAUACUGGAGUUCUCACAAAGUCAGCUGGUGGGAAAGUGAAAGGUGGAAUUCAGGCGGGCACAUUAACUCGUCCUGCGAAGUUGACGAGGUAUAUUGAUGCGAAUUUGGUGGAUUUGCAACUUGAUAUCCCGAUGAUGGGACAGUUUAGGGUGGUUUUGUUUGUAGGGAAUGUGGUCGAUGGGAAGGGAUUUUUGAAGGGGUUCUGUGGGGGUGUUGGGCUUGAUAGGGUGGAUUCUGUGGCAAGGGAGUCGUAUAAGAAGUGUCCUCGGGGGGUUAGUGAUGGGGACAAGUAUUUCUCGUUGGAGAGGUAUACACUUGUUUCGGAGGUGGUGACGUACGGGUUAGUGACGAGGAGCCAAAAGAGGGAGUUUGAGUUGGGGGAUUUGCCCGAGUUGCUGCAGAAGAGUCGGUGGACGGUGUAUUUGGAUGAUGUGGAGGGUGGAGAAGGCUGUACUGGGAAGUGGAUGGGGGAGAUGGAGAGGGAUCAGGUCGGGGUGAUGGUUGUCAGGCCGGAUGGGUAUGUUGGGGCAAAGGGGGUGUGGGGAUGGAGUGAGGAAGAAGGAUCGGGGGCGGCGCAGUGGGUUGGGGAGUAUCUGGCUUUGGGCAAGUAGAUUCAUAGAUGGGUGAUUCAGACGCGUGUUGAUAUUCUACCUGCUAUAUUUGUUAAGUUACUAAUACAGACAAUGUAAAGAUGUAGAAAUUGCAUCAGCGACAAGGUCAGAUCAAUAGAUGAUAUAAUGAAGUAGAAAGCAUUCUACGCU